GUUGAAAAGUAUGAUGGAGUUUGCCGAUGAUAAACCGAGUGAUCAACAAGAAUUGAAAAUCAAGGACUAUGUUGUGGGUGAUCUUCCUACUUUGAUCUACAUCCCAAACUUCAUCGCUGACUCUGAGCAAUCCCAACUUCUCCACCAUAUUUAUGAGGUACCAACAUCCAAGUGGAAAAACCUGAAAAACAGGAGGUUGCAGAACUGGGGAGGAGUUGUUCAUGAAAAGGGACUCUUGCCACAAGAGUUGCCUGCUUGGUUGAAAAACGUCACUGGGCGCAUUCGUCAGUGUACUGGCUUGUUUCCAUCAGAACUCAACCAUGUACUCAUCAACGAAUAUCUUCCGGAUCAGGGCAUUAUGCCGCACCAAGAUGGUCCUGCCUAUUUUCCUGUUGUUGCAAUAUUAUCUCUCAAGUCACCUGUUGUGAUUGAUUUUACUCCACAUCCAAGAUUAAGAGAAUGUGCAAGUAAAGAAUCUUCAGGUGAAGAGCUAACAAUUCAGAGCAAAGCAGAGGAAGCCGAAUGUGAUGAGCGACAUGAUGGAUUGUUAAACACACCGAAGGACAGCAUAUCUCCUUGUUCACUUCUUCUGAUGCCAUGCAGUUUGUUGAUAUUCAAAGAUCAGGCAUAUUCUGAUUACUUGCAUGGCAUACAAGAUACUAAACUUCAUAGAUUAGAUAAGGUUGUAAAUGUUUCAGAGUGCAUGAAACCACAAAAACAAGAACCCUCUUUGAGCUUGGAAGCUGAGUCUAACCAUGCCAUAGAUGAAACUGGCUUUAAACGAACUGAUACUAGAGUUUCAUUAACAUGUCGUCUGGUGCUGAAAGUUCACAAGAACCUGUUCAAGUUCUAAGAUGAGCGUUUCAAGGUUUUAAACAAUCAAAUUGUAGUUAAUUUAUGGACAAUCACUAAAGAAGGGUUCAUCUAUGAUUUAUUUGUUUAUGAUGUAUGUAUAGCAACACUCUUUAUCCUGCAUGCAGUGACGAACAUCACUUUGAGAGUGGAGAGAUGUUUUGAUUUGUGUCUAGAUUUUAUUUGAGAUUUGGUAGUCUCUCUGGUUUUGAACAGAUAGUGAAUCGAGGUGCCUUUAUUCAAAGAA